AUGCUUGGGGCAGUCCAGACUGUCCUGUUGAUGGUCCUGUUGGGAAGUUAUACUGUUCCAUGUGAACCAGCCUGGCAGUACGAACCUUCGUGCUACCGGACUGAAUUGACGUCAGUCCAAUGGCACCAGGCUCUGACGGCAUGUCGUACUAAAGGCGGAUACCUGGCGACAGGGGACAGAGAGGGUGAACUGGACAGUUUGAAGUCACUCAUACCACAUUCGACCCAGUACUGGUUGGGAGCCAAGAAACUGGACACGGUUGGCAAAUUUUACUGGGUUGAGUCAGCGCAAAAGUGCAUCAACCCAGUCGAUACCAACACCAGAGUCUCCUGUGGAGAAGUCGUGCACCUCACCUGUCCUCCAGGAUUCCGGCUGAACGGAGACUCCGUGCUAGUGUGUACAGGAGGGAACAGUGGAGGCUUCAUCGGAGUCUGGAACGGCACGGCGACAUGUGAAGAUAUCAAUGAGUGUGCAUCCUCACCAUGUGGUAUCAACGGAGACUGUGUGGAUGGCGUCAACAACUACACCUGCAACUGUCACCCGGGUUACAACGGAACCGACUGUGAAAAUAAUAUCGACGAGUGUGCCUCCUCACCAUGUGGUAUCAACGGAGACUGUGUGGAUGGCGUCAACUCCUACAUCUGUAACUGUAACCCGGGUUACAACGGAACAAACUGUGGGAACGAUAUCCACGAGUGUGCAUCCUCCCCAUGUGGCAGCAAUGGAGACUGUGUGGAUGGCGUCAACUCCUACACCUGUAACUGUCACCCGGGUUACAACGGGGCCAACUGUGGAAGUGAAAUCGACGAGUGUGCAUCUGCGCCAUGUCAAAACAGUGGGUCCUGUCAGGACAGUGUCAACUCCUACAUCUGCACUUGCAUUACGGGUUAUACCGGAAAUGACUGCGAAAUUGAUAUCGACGACUGUGCCUCCGUACCAUGUGGCGGCAAUGGAGACUGUGUGGAUGGUGUAAAUUCCUACACAUGCAACUGUCACCCAGGUUACAACGGGACCACCUGCGGAAAUGAUAUCGACGAGUGUGCCUCCUCACCAUGUGGUAACAACGGAGUCUGUGUGGAUGGCGUCAACUCCUACACCUAUAUCGACGAGUGUGCCUCCUCACCAUGUGGUAACAAUGGAGUCUGCGUGGAUGGCGUCAACUCCUACACCUGUAACUGUAGCCUAGGUUACAACGGGGCAAACUGUGAAAAUGAAAUCGACGAGUGUGCAUCUUCGCCAUGUCAAAACAGUGGGUCCUGUCAGGACAGUGUCAACUCCUACAUCUGCACUUGCAUUACGGGUUAUACCGGAUAUGACUGCGAAAUUGAUAUCGACGACUGUGCCUCCGUACCAUGUGGCGGCAAUGGAGACUGUGUGGAUGGUGUAAAUUCCUACACAUGCAACUGUCACCCAGGUUACAACGGGACACCUGCGGAAAUAGAUAUCGACGAGUGUGCCUCCUCACCAUGUGGUAACAACGGAGUCUGUGUGGAUGGCGUCAACUCCUACACCUGUAACUGUAGCCUGGGUUACAACGGGACCAACUGUGAAAAUGAUAUCGACGAGUGUGCCUCCUCACCAUGUGGUAACAAUGGAGUCUGCGUGGAUGGCGUCAACUCCUACACCUGUAACUGUAGCCUAGGUUACAACGGGGCAAACUGUGAAAAUGAUAACGACGAGUGUGCCUCCUCACCAUGUGGUAUCAAUGGAGACUGUGUGGAUGGCGUCAACUCCUACACCUGUAACUGCAAGCCAGGUUACAACGGAACAAACUGUCAAAAUGAUAUCGACGAGUGCGCCUCCUCACCAUGCGGUAUGAAUGGAGACUGUGUGGAUGGCGUCAACUCCUACACCUGUAACUGUCACCCGGGUUACAGCGGGAUUAACUGUCAAAAUGAUAUCGACGAGUGCGCCUCCUUACCAUGCGGUAUGAAUGGCGACUGUGUGGAUGGCGUCAACUCCUACACCUGUAACUGUCACCCGGGUUACAGCGGGAUUAACUGUGGAAAUGAUAUCGACGAGUGUGCAUCCUCACCAUGUGGCAGCAAUGGAGACUGUGUGGAUGGCGUCAACUCCUACAUCUGUAACUGUCACCCGGGUUACAGCAGGAUUAACUGUGAGGAUGAUAUCAAUGAGUGUGCCUCCUCACCAUGUGGCAGCAAUGGAGAAUGUGUGGAUGGCGUCAACUCCUACAUCUGUAACUGUAAGCCAGGUUACAACGGGACCAACUGCGGAAAUGAUAUAGACGAGUGUGCCUCCUCACCAUGCGGUAUGAAUGGCGACUGUGUGGAUGGCGUCAACUCCUACACCUGUAACUGUCACCCGGGUUACAGCGGGAUUAACUGUGGAAAUGAUAUCAAUGAGUGUGCCUCCUCACCAUGUGGCAGCAAUGGAGACUGUGUGGAUGGCGUCAACUCCUACAUCUGUAACUGUAAGCCAGGUUACAACGGGACCAACUGUGAAAAUGAUAUCAAUGAGUGUGCCUCCUCACCAUGUGGCAGCAAUGGAGAAUGUGUGGAUGGCGUCAACUCCUACACCUGUAACUGUCACCCGGGUUACAGCGGGACCAACUGCGGAAAUGAUAUCGAUGAGUGUGCCUCCUCACCAUGUGGCAGCAAUGGAGACUGUGUGGAUGGCGUCAACUCCUACACCUGUAACUGUCACCCGGGUUACAACGGGAUCAACUGUGAGGAUGGCGAAAGCAGUGAUAUACUCCUUGCGCUUCUGGCUCUCCUCGGCUUGGUCUGUCUCAUGGCCUUCUGCUGCCUUAUUAUCUACUGGUGGCUGCGCUGGCUCGGCCACGUGGCCAGGAUGGACGACAACAGGCUUCCUAAGAAAAUACUGUACGGUGAACUCUCUCAAGGGAGUCGACAAAGAGGAAGGCCUAAGCUCAGGUUCAAGGACAUGUGCAAAGCCACUCUCCAAGACUUCUCCAUUGAGUCCUGGGAGAAGGUAGCAAGUGAUAGGAGCAAGUGGAGAGCAGCAAUACACAAAGGGACAGAACUGUUCAAAGCUGCCAGAGAGACCAGGAAGACAGAUGCAAGGAGUAGACGAAAGGGACUCGUAGCGGAGAAAAGCGCCACACAGGACUACUGCUGCCGAUUCUGCGGCAGAGCCUGCCGGGCCAGAAUCGGCUGUACCAGCCACGAGAGGCGCUGCCCAGCCAGACCCCCAGAGAACGACUGA